AAUUCCAUCGAGUUAAACGAGAAGGAAUAUGGUAUAAAAGCCCUCUUUUUGAAGCUCCUCGCUCACUCAACUCCGCUCUCUCUUUCCUUCUGUUUCCGUGAAAACCAAGCAAAAUCCUGAAGAAACCAUCUAACAGAACAAAAUAUUCAACGCAAAACCUAAAUAAAACCUAACUAUUCCAAAGGAGAGAAAAAGAAAAACUUCAGUCCAAUUUUAAUCCAAUCUCCGGCACCGUUUCUUCUUUAUGUCGCCGGCGGCAGUGGAUUUUCGGUCUCCGGUCACCUCUAAAUCGCCUUCUCUUCAAAACCCUAGUUUUGCUCCUUUUUCUCCGAAUAUCUGCGCAGAUGAUCGACAAGAGAAUACAAAUUCCCCUAUUUUUGGUGACAUAAAUGAAUUCAAUGGCCUCGGUUCAAGGAAUGGCUUGCGAACGGGGUCGGCGGCGUCGGGCCGGACCCGUCCGAGGCUAGCGAAAUUGAGAAAGCCGAUGCAUGGGAGGUCGAAAGGGGUACCAGGUGAGUUCGUGGGUCUUAACCCAUUUCAAUCAGUUAGUGAGAGUUCGCGUUGUGGUAAUGAUUAUAAUAGGAGUUCAAAUGGUGUUUUAGAGAAAUGUAUGUCAAAUGGGGUUGAUUGUUCAAGUGAUGGUUUUGUUUUUGGUGCUAGUAGUAGUAGUUCUAACUCGAAUUUGAAUACCUCUGUGAAUUUGGAUUCUCGUGAGAGAGCAUCUGAUGCGAAUGUGGAAGAAUUGGGUUCUAAAGAUAAAAGUGAGGGCGAAUCCGUUUCAGAACCAGAAAAUGGCAAGCUUGAUAAUGCAGGUUUUAUGUUUGGAGCUAAGCAGGGACACUUAAGUGAAAAUGAAGGAAAACCAGUUUCAACCACAGAAAAUGGGAAGCUUCUUAAUGUAGGUUUUGUAUUUGUUGCCAGUGAGAAUAAUGUGGAGACGACAUCGGAUAUGGAAAAUAGAGAAUCAAGAGAGAAUGGAUUAGACUUAGAUUCCCAUAAAGCAGGGAAGGUGAGUUUAGGGACUGAAAUUGGGCAAGGGAAGGACAGUCAUGUGGGUUUUGAGUUCAGUGCUGAUCAGAGCAAUUUGGCUUCAAAUUUGAAUUUUGAGAAGGGAGAGUCUAAUGGAAGUCCGGUAAAGCAAGAUUUUAAUGGGUUCAUGUUUGGUGCCACUUACAAUAAUUCCAAUGCAAAUAUGGGGAUUUCUGGUGCUGGUUUUGUAUUUGGUGCCAGUUGGUUUAAAUUAAAUGACAAGAAAGAAUAUGAAGGUUGGAAAAUAAAUCUAGAGAGUGAAACAGCCAAUGAGUUGAAAGGUACUGCAGUGUCAGAAAUUAAUGGAACUAGGAGCUGGAAGGAGGAUAAUGAUAAGAUUCCCUACAUAUUUGGUAGUAACGGUAAAAAGGGCACCAGUGCAAGAGAAUGCAUGGCUAAGAACUUGCCUAAUGAAGCAAAGUCAAGCAGUGAAACUUUUGAAAGCUGUCUCAGUACCCCAAAGGAUGAAAACAGCAAUAUGAAUUCUAGCAUCAAUUGUAAGUGUAACCCAGAAUCUUUUCUCCACAGUAAUAAUGUAGCUAAUGCUUCUGCUUCAAAUCUUAUAUUUAAUAAUCUCUCCGAUGAGAUGAAAAGACUGAAUAUCAAUGGUUUUGAGAAUAAUAAGAAGUUUGUAUCUAGAAGCAAUAACAUGGCUUCUGCCUCUUCUAAGGACACUAAUUCUCAUGAAUGGAAUUCGGAAGGUUUUGCUAAUACUGCUAAGGCCACUGAUCACUUCGAAUCAACUGAUAAGAAUGAAAGCAUCAAUGGAGAUAUUGCUUCCAUUGGAACCUUUAGUUCUGCUGAGAGCCAGUCAAUUCAUGAUAAACUGAUUGGUGAUACAGUCAAUGAAGUUGCUGCACCAUCUUUGUUCUCAUCUAUUGGCUUCGAUUCCCGAGGCAACCUUGGGGUUUCUGAAGCUCCUCGUAUGGUUUGGUUUGGAAAGGAAAAUGAUGACAAUAGUUCUACAAACACUUCAGAUGGAUUGGGAGUGUUGUUUACAGACUUUGAAACACCAAAAUGGGAUCCUUCUUGUUUAAAAGCAAGUCUAUUUCCUGAAUUGAAUAGAAAACUGGAAUUCAGUGUAAAAGGUAGAUCUAAAAAGGACAAAAAAUCAAAGACAAUGAGAGGGAAAUUGAAGCAACUGUCUCAACAUAAGCAACAAAAAGAGCAAAAUCAUGUGGGAAAUGGAAGCAGUGCCCAUGAGGCUUUAAACUCUCCUGGAUGUUAUUCACCAAUGGAUUUUUCUCCUUAUGAGGAGACUACCACAGCUGAGAAAUUUUCAAGGGAAACUUCCAGGACAUUAAAUGAUUCCAUCCACGUAGACAAUAAUGCAGUGCCUAUUAGUCUUAAAAAUAGAGAAGGAUUAAAUCUUGGAAAAGGUGAUGAGACAAAUCCAGAGAUUUCUGUCUAUCAUUCUCAAAGAUGUUUUGUUGAUGAGUCUCCGGCAAAAGCAUUUAAUUUUGAAAUGGCAUGUUCUGACUGCAACACUGAGCAUGUCUGCUGUAGUGGUGUACCUGGUGUUGCUUUUGCUGAAGAUUCAUCUCGCUUAAACACUGAAAGCAGCCAGCAAUUACCUUUUAGUUUUGCUUCGGGUUUGGAAGAUAUAGAUGGAAGCAAAUUUUCCUUUUCUGCUUCAUCCUGUGCACGAAAUAGUUCAUCUGCCACAAAACGUCUGCAUAAAAAGAAAAAUAGGAGGAAAGUUCCAUGCGAACCAUUUGUUAUUGCUGCGAAUCCAAUUCUGAAGGAUCACGAGGGAGAUUUAUAUACUUCACAAGAAAAACUGGGGAACAAUGCUGAAUCAAAUGAACAUCUAGAGAAAGGUUAUGUGACAUCCACUGCAGCAAUUCAGGAAGCUUGUGAAACAUGGCGCCUCAGGGGAAAUCAUGCUUACAAAAAUGGAGAUUUUUCAAAAGCUAAAGAAUUUUAUACACGUGGAAUAAAUUCUGUCCCUUCUAGUGAAACCUCAGGAUGCUGCCUCAAACCACUUGUUGUUUGCUACAGCAACCGAGCAGCAACUUGGAAGUCUCUUGGAAAGUUGAGGGAAGCUUUAAAAGAUUGUGAAAUGGCUGAAAUUCUGGAUCCUCAAUUUCUCAAAGUUCGAAUUAGAGCUGCCAAUUGUCAUCUUGAGCUUGGGGAAGUUGAAAAGGCACAAUACUAUUUUAGUAAGUGUUUGGAAUCUGGGGCUGCUGUGUGUUUGGAUCGAAGAAUAGCAAUAGAAGCUGCUGAUGGCCUACGAAAAGCCCAGAAAGUGAUUGAGUGUACAAAUCAUUCGUCCAAGCUUUUGGAUCAGCGGACAUCUGAUGCAGCAGUUAGUGCUUUAGAUGUAAUUGCAGAGGCCCUGUCAAUCAGCCCAAGUUCAGAAAGACUACUGGAAAUGAAGGCAGAGUCUAUGCUUAUGUUGCAGAAGUAUGAAGAGGUGAUACAACUGUGUGAGCAGACUCUUUGCUCUGCUGAAAGCAAUUUCGCUUCGUCGGGCACCGAUGACCAAUUGAUAGAUCAAGAUGUUUCUCAAACUGAAAGCCACUCAUUUCCAAAGAUGUGGAGAUGGCGCUUAAUGUCAAAAUGUUACUUUUAUUUGGGAAAGCUUGAAGCAGCCCUUGAUUUACUUGGGAAGUUGGAGCAAAUGGGAUCCAUAAGUGACAAGUGUGCAAGUAAGAUAUUGGAAUCAUCAGUUUCAUUAGCGGUCACCAUCUGUACACUCUCUCAUCAUAAGAAUGCAGGGAAUGAAGCAGUUCGAUCUGGAAGGUAUAUAGAAGCACUAGAGCAUUACACUGCUGCUGUAUCAAGCAAUGUUGAAUCACGUCCUUUUGCAGCUAUUUGUUUUUGCAAUCGUGCUGCUGCACACCAAGCCUUGGGUCAAAUUGCUGAUGCUAUUGCGGAUUGCAGUCUAGCUAUAGCCCUUGAUGGAAAUUACUCAAAGGCAGUUUCUAGGAGAGCUAUGUUGCAUGAGAUGAUCAGAGACUAUGGACAAGCAGUUAAUGAUCUCCAAAGACUCAUAACUAUACUUGAAAAUCCAUCUGAUGGAAAAGCUAGACAGUCUGUCACACCUGGUAGGUCCCCUAGCAGCACAAAAGAAUUAAGGCAAGCUCGUCGGCGUUUAUCCUUGAUGGAAGAGGAAGCUAAGAAAGGAAUACCAUUGGAUUUAUACCUCAUUUUAGGAGUUAAACAAUCUGAUACAACAGCUGAAAUGAAAAAGGCAUACCGCAAAGCAGCACUCAGGCAUCAUCCAGACAAGGCUGGUCAGUUCUUGACAAGAACUGAGAGCAGAGAUGAAGGGCGGCUUUGGAAGGAUAUUGUUCAGGAGGUGCACAAAGAUGCUGACAGGUUAUUUAAAAUGAUAGGAGAAGCUUAUGCUGUUCUUUCAGAUGCCACAAAGCGGUCACAAUAUGAUCUUGAUGAGGAAAUUAGAAAGGCAUCAAAGGAACAAAAUGGAAGCCACCCUCUCAGAAGAACAUCAGAUGCUCACAGCUAUUCAUAUGGGAGGAGUGACCAACGUCGAAAUUGGCAGGAUAAUUGGAAGACAUAUGGUCAUUCACGUUCUCGUUGGUAAGAAGCGCAUGAAAAUCCAGAGGUUUAUAUGAAAACUAACUUUAUUUGGUAUUGAGGCCUCAGGAGGGAUAAAAUGGCAUGAGACUACCAUUUGUCUAAGAUUCUUUUGCUCCAACCAAAUCUGGAUAUUGGAAAUCUAAUAUUCUUUACAACUUGGCUAAUUUAACAAGGAAGAUUCUUUAAACUUAGAAGUCGGUCAAGGAAAAACAGAUGUGAGAGAACCGUUCUGGGUCAUGAAAGACAAGUUUGUAUGGGAAAUCUGGUCUGAAAUACGCAUUUGUGCCAAAUCUUAGACGAUCAUAAUCAUGGAGAGAAGUUGGGGUUUUUUGGCUGUACUUCCAACUUGCACAGAAACAUAGAAGAAGAUACCUGAAAUGAAAUUGUUUAGAAAUGUCAUACACUUGUUACUGAAAAGGAAUUGUAUGUUUCAAUGUCAUAAACUUCUAGCCUUGCAGCAGCCUGUUUGCUGUGCAUGGAAAACUGAAUUAUGUGAUAAAGGAAAUAAGGAAUGCAGAAUUAUUUUUAAAUUAUUAUUUUUGAAGUUUUGCCUGUUGUA